AUGCGCCCCUCACUUGUGUUUCUUACAGCCUUGGGGGUGGCUACGAGCGGCACAGCGCUGGCCGCGGAUCCCCACCCCACAAACCCCGCAGAGGUGCAGCAGUUUGACGCGGUCAGAGCGCGGGGUAUGUACAAUGCUUCGACGCCGACUGUGAAGCGCAAACACGCGCGUCACCGCCGUCAGGGCACGUCGAUCGCUGCGCAUGCCGACAUUGCGUCAUGGCUCAUUGGCAACGAGUUUACUUCGCUGCCGAUCAACCGCCCUGCGCCGGGCGAUUCGACCAUGGGUCGCGAGACGCAGACCGCUGGCUCUGGCCGCUCGCGCUCGCAGAACUCGGGCUCCACUGGGAGUUCUCGCAGUGGGAACGGGAACAAUGGGAACAACGGGAGUUCUGGCAACGGAAACGGUAACAGUGGAAGUAACAGUGGAAACAGCAACAACGGAAACAGUGGCAACAGUGGCAGCAACGGCAGCAACGGCAACAACGGCAACAGCGGCAACAGCGGCAGCAGAAACAGCGGAAGCAGCGGGAGCCGCGGCAACGGCGGCAACGCGAGCAGCUCAAGCAGCAGCCGGGACUCGGGCGGCAACGCAUCGACCCGCUCAUCGGCAGCCGCAGGCGCCGGCGCCGCAUCCUCGACCCGCUCGCGUACACGCGACCAGUCGAGCUCGUCCCCCACCUCGAGCUCCCAAAAAACCAGCACAGAAGUCGCAACGCGAACCAGUACCAACUCCAACUCGCCCUCGAGCGACGCCGUGGUCAACUCGCAGGUGACCGUGACGGGUACGCCGACGCCGAAUCCCAACAACCACCCCCAGCCCCAGAAGAACUGGACGCCGGUGAUUGCGGGCGUGAGUGUCGCGGGCGGUGUGGUGCUUCUUGCGAUCAUUGGCAUUGUAAUUGCCAAGCUGUUUGGCCGCCGCAUCAUGCGCUGGUUCCGUCAGGACGAGAUCAAGUGGCCUGAGCUGCAGCAAGACACGGCCGCGGCCGGCGCCCCCCUUCCUGCGCGCCAGACGGGCGGCGCGGGCUUUGACAUGGGCGACGAGUCGGACGACGACCACCGCGAGAUGCCGAUGCAGGAGGCGGGUGUCAAGCCGGUCAACUCGUUCAACACCGGCUCGAUGUACAACACCAAUGCGACGUACGGCUCGAUGCAGCCGUCUGCUGCGCCCACGGCCGACAACUAUCUUGGCGGUGUUGGCGCCGUCGGCCAGCCCUUCCCUGCGACGCAUGGCGAGGGCCUUGCGCCCCCCACGGUCCAGAACGAAGGGCUGGUAUCGGGCGCGCCUGUGUCGCACUCGGUUCAGCCCGGUGAGACGAUGUCACACUCUCUUCAGCCCGGCGCGGCUGCCCUUCCUUCGUCGCUCAUUGCUGCGCCCGAGUACUCGAGUGCGUCCGAGUACGCCGGUGCGCCGGUUGCCCACGACGGCUCGUACGGCAGUGUGCCGGUCGCCCACGACGGCGCAUACUCCGGCGCGCCCCUCGCCCACGAUGGCUCGUACGCCGCGGCGCACGAGAGCUACGCAGACGCCCCUACCGGCCAAGCGUACUCCACGCCGACCUACUCGCGCGAGCUAUACAACGGCGCCAGCAACUCGCCGUAUGACACCGAGGCGUACGACGCCGAGGCGUACGUCGCACAGCCCUACAUGCAGCCGCACUAUCGCUCGUAG